CGGAAAUUGCACGCUUAUUUUUUUGGCCUAUUUAACAUUUGAAUUCCCGAUUGAAGCCUGAUCAGCCGUCGAAGGGGAGGCGGCCAGAGCACGGCCGAUUGACGCCCGCAUCUGAUGCUGAAGACCCGCUGCUUGUCUCCAUCGCUCGUUGGCUUCAUCCGGCUCCUGUUCAUCCUGUUGAUUCGUGCUUCCACAGAAUUUGGAAAUCAAGAUUCUUCUUAAUGGCGGUUGUGUUCCUUUUGCUUUGGGCGCUAGUUUGUUGUGUGUGACACCUCAGAGACGGAGAAGAUGACCAACACUUACGAUAACUUGAUUCUCAGGGGUGAUGAGGACGAUCUGAUCCUGGACGCGGAGGUAGCGGGCGUGGAAGAGGUUCCGAACAGGAGUCUACGGGCAAAAGAAGACGAAGAGAUGGUGAUCCGUCCCCUCUUGAACCUCCGUUACGAAGGAAUUGUGCGACUAGAGUUUGGAAGACUCUCUAUUUUUGCUUUGGUUUGUUUGUGUUUUUACUUCGAAAUUCAUGUUGUUUUGUUUGUGACGUACGAUUAUUUUUGUCAAACUCUUACAUUAGGCAAGGGUGAUGGGGUUUUGCUUUGACCACGUUAGGCUCAUUUAGACCCAUUACAGGAUUAGCGAAUCAUAUUGCUCUGUCUAGGGUGAUUGGUUCUCAGGCUGGUCCGAGAGUUAGUGGUUGCAAGUGUUUCCUUUAUCUCUUUUGUCCCUUGCUGAAUGUUUCUUUAUCAAUAUAAGCCGCCUUUUAAAAAAAACAUUUGAAUUGCCUUGGGUGUGUUUGAGA